AUGAAAGUUGAAAGUGCUAUCUUAGGAAUUCCUCAGCAGGACAACCAGAGUGGAUCCAAAAAUAUCUACAAAGUUCUGAGCUCAACCCGCUUUCACAUUGUUGGUUGGAUUUGCCUAGUGUUCUCUAUAAGCAUUUUUGCCACUCCUCUCUGCAUAUUGAAACAUGUGAUACGAACAAAGAGCGCAGAGUUCAUGCCAUUUUCCUUAUCACUUUCGCUCACGCUUAAUGCGGUCAUGUGGUUCUUCUAUGGCCUUCUAAUAAAAGACUUCAAUAUUGCUAUUCUGAAUGUCUUGGGGUUUAUUUUUGGAAUUAUUCAAAUGGUGCUUUAUGUGAUAUAUAAGAACCCAAAGAAAGUUGUUGCGAAAGAUCAAAAGUUUUCUUCUAAUCAAAUACCAGAGAAGUUAUCUGAAUUAGUCGAACAAGUGAUCGACGUUGUGAAGCUUAGCUCAAUCUCAUGUCAAGAAAUUGAUCCAGUCAUGCCUCAUCUGAAUGGACACAACAUAACUAAACAGCUCAAUAUAGUUAAGCCAAGCCUUGAAGUCACAAUGCCAGUCAACCUGAACAAAACAUCUCUAGUUUGGUUUGGUUGA